CCCCCACUUUGAAUGAGGUUUUUUGGUUAGAAAAAGCGCAAGUCAAAGUAUAUUCACCUUUUGCUUAUGCAUAUGCAGACUCGACUUAGGACGCCGAUCUAGGACUUGAAUAUUUGAAUUUUGAAGAGAUUGACCCGAAAUAGACUUGAAGCGCUGACUCGGACUGCUUGAAAUUGCGCGGCUUGCGGCUUUGGAAUCUUGAAUUAUUGGGGCUGCACCUAGCUGUCCAAAGCUAUAAAGAGUGCGUACUCGAAAUCAUAAAGGGGACGGUGGCCUCGUCCUUGUUGCACACACCUGCGCUUGGCGCAGGCUUCGGCGCCCGGCGCCUGCGUACUACCAUAAAUGCCGGUUUUUGUAUAAAUAAGGAGCUCUCCGGAUCAUACUUUGCGUCAAUCCUUCCCUUCUUUUAUUUUCAUACUGUUUCUUCACGAAAACAAAAAGAAAAUGGCCAUGUCUUUUGAAAAUGCCUUGAACUCUUGGCUUGGUUCGCUAGGCAAAUUGGAGAAAAGGGAGCUUAAUGGCAUGCAUCUUGGGGUGCUCGCCUCUUUCCGGUUUGUGAAACUUGAUGUGCACGUCAUGUUAGGUUAUGAUACAUAUAAACGAAUAUAAAUCAUGCGGAAAAACCAUAAACGUCAGGAUUCCAAAUUAAUUGCCACAUAACAAUUAGCAUAAUUUAGAUGCAUACACUUUGUAGCGUGCCCUCCCUUGCUGCGCCCGAACCGAACAAGAACAAGUCUUUAGGACUCCAAGUGUCGUCCCUCCGUAGAAAGUCCACAGCACGUCCGGAUCCGCCUUAAGAUUGACCAACUAGAAUCGCCCUUAAGGUUCUAAAAAUAUUCGGCUAUUUGUGGGCAAGUGUAUGACUGAAUUUUUGCUCAAAUUCUUACCUUUGAAUACUUGAAACUCGUUAUAAAUUAUGAGCCAUGAACUCAUAUUUAUAGGCCAUGGAAUAAGUAAUCGAAUCCUACUAGGAUACGAAUUAAUUAAAUUAGAAUCCUAGUAGAACUCUUUAUUUAAUUAAUUUAUCUUUUAGGAUUAGGAAUUUAAUCAUCAAUCGAAUCCUACACGCUUUAGGUUUCGUAUGUGAACACAAACACACACGCACGCACAAUAGCCCACGAGGGGAGCCAUGCGCGCGCUCGCACAGCCCGAGCAACGCAGCCCUUUUGCCACGAAGCCCACGAGCUGUCGUAGCCUUGGGCGCGCGCUGGGCCUGCCUUGCGAUGGGCCUGGCGCAGCCUUGGGCUGGUGUGUUGUGGCGCGCGUUUCCCUUGCUGGACGUGGGCCUGGCUUCGUGCUGGGCCUUCGUCUAGCAAGCUCGUCCGAUGCUAAUUCGGACGACGCGCUUCCGAUUAAUUUUCCGAUUUCGGAAUUCAUUUACGAUACGAACAAUAUUUAACAUUUCCGAUUCCGGAAUUAGUUUCCGUCUCGAACAAAAUAUUUAAUAUUUCCGUUUCCGGAAUUAUUUUCCGAUUCCGAUAAUAUUUCCGUUUCCGGCAAUAUUUCCGAUUCCGGCAAUAUUUCCAUUUCCGAUAAUAUUUUCCGAUACGUACCAUGUUUCCGUUUCCGGCAACAUCUACGACUUGGAUAAUAUUUAUAUUUCCGAUACGAUCCAUAUUUCCGUUUCCGGCAAUAUCAUCGUUUCCGGAGUAUUCAUUUACUUGCCUUUGACGAUCUCAGCUCCCACUGAAACCAAGAUCCGUCGAUUCCGGCUAUGUAUUAGAUAGAGUAUUCAAUGUCAUUAAAUACUUAAUCCGUUUACGUACUAUUUGUGUGACCCUACGGGUUCAGUCAAGAGUAAGCUGUGGAUAUCAUUAAUCCACUUGAACUGAAGCGGCCUCUAGCUAGGCAUUCAGUUCACUUGAUCUCACUGAAUUAUUAACUUGCAUAAUUAAUACUGAACCGCAUUUAUUAGACUUAUCAUUAAAUGCAUACUUGGACCAAAGGCAUUAUUUCCUUCACUUCAUUCUCGCUGCUCUGGAGGAUUGGGAUCCAAAUCACCAUGUAUUCCUCUUUGGAAAUAAUGAGGUAUGUCCCCUCCCUGAAGAGUUUAGUGCUAUAUUGCGGUGGUUCUUUAUGACAGAGCCAUGCAUGCCUAGUGUUGAAGAACACUUUUUCUUGGGUUUUGAAAGAUAUUUGGGCUUGAUGCCCCUCUUCUGAGUGCUGUUGUAUACGGCCGAGGGGUGGAUUUGUCCCUCCUUGUUACUUACUUUGCUGGGCUUGACGUCCCCAAGGUUUUCCGCUUGAGGGACUUAAGUUUUUGUAUCUUUGCUCGCUUCCUCUUUUCGAAGCAAGGGUUUGGCAAUGGCGAUGCCUCCCUAAUAGAGAUUGUAGACACCUAAUUUGUGUCUCCCCUCUGGGAUGAUGACGAUACCAUUAUCCUUACUAUGCGGUUGGAAUAACUCCAGGCGGAAAUCCCAAUUGCUAAGAACAUUUCCAAAAUUCAAUUCCCGAGGCCGUUCCCCUUUCGGUUCUCGGUACAAAAUACAACUUUCAAAAAACCAAUUUCAAAAUCCAAGUACAAUCUCAUCUAGUAGACCAUCCCUUACUAAGCCUUUUCCACUCAAAAUCAUAUAAGGCAAGUCAAAUUCGGGCGCCGACUCACAAAAUCGAGCAUGCCGGGCCCCGUCCCGUAAAACCGGAAUAUAAAACCCGAGAAAGGCUUGUUUUUAGACGAAAAAUAGUGCCUUAACCUUCAAGCAAACACAAAACGCCAAGCCUAGUACUAUUCGUACAAAGGUACAACACUACAAGACGAAACAAGGACAGAGCCCGCGUCCUUGCUUUGGCGGCAUUCACGCCACGUCACCAGCGCCUAGCGCUGCUUUGGCGUGCUACGCUGGCGUGUGCUGGCGUCUUGCACCCAUUCCUCCUAUAAAUACCCCUCAUUUUCAGCAUUAGAGGAGGAGGAGAUAACAAAUACAACGUCGUAAAACUGACAUUACGCCUCAAAAUACAAAUAAAAAAACCCUUCAAAAACACAUUCAAAAUUUCUAAUUCUAAGCAAUUGGGAGCUCUAAAAGGAAUUCUUGCGUAAACCUAAAUAGGUAAUUCCGAAUCCCACCAUAUUCAAUCAUGUCUUUUUGAUUUCAAAAUGAUUAGCAAGUUGGCUUUUUUAUUAUUAAAAAUGUCACUUGCAACAAUCAUACAUCUUUUCAAAAAUCCAAACUUUUCAAAAUACAAAAAUGCAAACUUUUAAGAUUCAAGGAUGUUCAAAGUUGCUUGCAAUCACCUCUUUGAACUAGAAUCACUUUCAAGCUUGGAGUAAUCAAAUAUGACACCUUUUAAUCCUUAAAGGUUUAGUCUUUUGAUAUUCAAAACUCCAUUUUUCAAUAUACAAGUUCAAGUUUUCAAAUUUCAAGAUCCCACCAUGUUUAGGGUUGUUCAUGACUACUUCCCUAAACUAGGAUCCUUUCAAUUAAGAGCAUAUCAAUGAAGGAAAUAUGUCCUUCACCCAAGGUGCAUUAAGUCUAAUACCAAGGUUCAGAUUAAUUGUGAACAAUUAAUUCAGUGAGAUCAAGUGAUCGGAAAAGCUAGCUGGAGCAAUGCUUCCGAUCAGUGAGUUCUAAUGAAUACUAAGCUCACAGCUUACUCUUGACUGAACCUACAAGGUCACACCAAUGACACGUAACAGAUCACCAGAUUAAAUGAAUCGGAAAUUCAUUUAAUAGCUUUUCGGGAAUUAGUUGGAAAACGUAUUAUACGAUACGACCUUGCAUCGGAAUCGUAUAUCGUAUCGCGAAUAUUGGUAAGCUAGGCGAAACGAAUAAAUCGUAUCGUACGGCGGUGAUUCGUCGUAUACGAAACGAUAAAUAAUAUAUCGGAAAUAUAUUAAUCGCGAAUACGAAGAGCGGCCCACGAGUCGAGUGCACAAAGCACUCAAGGCCCAUGGGCGCGCUGGGCAAGCAAGCAAGGCCACGGCAACACGGCAGCGCUGGCCCAUGGCUGAGCGAGCUGCGCGUGUGCGCGCGGGCAAAGCAGCGACACAGCCCCAACAGCGAGGCCCAUGGCCCAGCUCGCUGUGCUCGUCUUGCGCGGGGCUUGCUGGCCGGCCUUGCCUCAUGGCUUGGUCGGUUAGUAAGGUUAUGUUAAUAACCUUCUAACCCCUUUUCCAACACAACACAAUUCAAUCACACAAAAACCCUAGAGUCACAGAGAACCCUAAUUCUCUCUGUGCCUCCAAAGUGUGUUCACCCCAAAAAGCAAAACUCUUGAUCGAUUGUCUAAGCUACGAUAAUCAAGACGGAUCUGAUGGUGUCGGUGAACCAAGUAGAGGAACGACAAGUGGAGUUCUAAGUUCGUGUUCGUUGACAAUUUGUGGAAAACACGCUUCAAACGUUAGUAUGCUUAAUCUGUGCUUUAUACAUGCUUCCUGGCUUUGUGGAUUGUUUCCGCACAUGUUAUUAUGUUUAACUGUAUUCCCCAACAGUGGUAUCAUGAGCCUUAUGUAUUCAAAGCAUAUUUUAGCAUGAUUUAUCUGCUUUUGCAUAUGUCGAAAAUUUUGAAUUUUUUUGUUGAAUUUUCGGAAUUUUUACGAAUUAUUGGAUGGAUUGCGUAAUAAGCUGUUCCGAAAUCAAAAUAUUCGUUUUUUCGAAUUUUAAAACCCUAAUCUGAUGGAAAACGAUUUUCUAUGAUCAACUCAUGAGAACUGAAUUGCAAAAACAGGCCUCGAAGUGUCGUUUUUUGGGCAUUUUUGUUAAUUUUUUAAUAAAAAUUAAAAGUGUCGGACAGUAAUUCAAUUAAAAGGUCGACCUAAACUACUCAGAAUUGCUUGAAAUAUUCACACAAUGAUGCUGGGUAUAUUCCUGAUUAAUGGUAAAAGUUUCAGAUUUUUCCGAUAAGUAUAAACCCUAAUUUUGCCUUUCCCCAAUUCGUAAAAUUUGGAACCCUAAUUGAAUUUUAGUUAAUUUUGGUUUAAUAAUUCGGUUAAUUGGGAAAGGGGAUACAAUUUCAUGGGUCAGUGGCUAAUUUUAAAAAUUAUUAGAUUAAAAUUUUGAAUGGUUUCGUUAAUUUUAAUCGCACUUAAACCUAAUUAUUAAAAUCUAAAAUUUAAAUGUUAAUGAACGAUUUAAAGUUUUGGAUAUUAUUAUUUAAAAGUUCAAAUUUUUAAUGUUGAUUCGUUCGUUCUUAAAAUUUUGAAUAAUGUUAGCCUUGAUUUAAUAAUUUUACGAAUUUGGAUUGUCGUUGAAGUUUAUUAAAUCGUUAAAAAUAAAAAUCUUGAAAUUAAAUUUUUCGAAAAUAAAAAUCGUAACUUUUUGAAAAAUAAUUUUAAUGCAAGUUCGUGAAAUUAAAUUUAUUUUAAUUGAGUUGGUCCGUAGGCACGAACCAAAGGCACGAACACGAUGUGUGGUGGACGUAUGGCUCGACGAGCCAUACAGGCUGCUGCACGAGAACCGAGCCACAGCGACACGGGCAGCAACAAGCAUGCUGCGUGCCUCGUGCGCGCUGGGCGAGGAAAGGGCAAGCAUUGGCUUGCAGGUGCUGCGACGAAGCAAGGCGCAAGGCCAUGCGAUGUCCAGCGCAACGAUGGCACGACGACGAGCGCGCAGGGCAGCGACGAGCUGUGGGCACGCGCGCGCGCCAGGCUGCAGGGUGUGCGAGCUUGCUCGUGCGCCUCGUAGGCCACACGCAAGGGAAAUGGGCUGGGUGCAAGCCUAGCCCAACUAUGCACAUGAACCUUUUUUGUUGAAAAAUUGUUUAAUUCGUUGGGCUUCGCAUGUUUGCAUUAAUUUGGGCUAACGAGAUAUUUAAUUUAAUAUUUUAUUUGCUUGGGCCGGGCCGCGAGUUUUAAUUUAAUAUUUCAUAAUUAAUUAUCCGGAAUAAUUAUUGGUUUGAGUGGGAGCCACUAAAUGAAAUUAAAAUGAAAUAAUUAAUUUUAAUUAUUUUCGUAGGUCGCAUUAUUUUAAUUAAAUUCGAUUUUAAUUAGAAUAAAGUCUAAGGAUUAAUAAUUUGGAAAUUGAUUAAUCUUUUAGGACGCGUUUAUGUGAACGUGAAUUUUAAUUAAUUCACGUAAAUACUUGCAUAUUUACAUGGGCCAUUCGUUUUAGCAUACGAAUGGAUGAAUGCAUAGAAUAUAUAUAUUUUAUGUAAUGCAGGUACUCCAAGUGACUAGUAUGGCCAUUUAGGAUAGUUAAAUACGGUCUGCGUACCGUUCUAUCUUUGAAUGUAAAGUUUUAAAUAUGGUCUGCGUACCAUGGAAAUUUUGAUGUAAUUUAUUAUUUUCAAGUAUUUCUAAGUUUAGAACUUUAAGUUAGCAUUUGAACGAAGAUUCAAGACGAUGCCAAGCUAACAAGGAGGUGAUGAAGAUUGGAUGCUUCAAGACAAGAUGUUUUGGGCCAUACUAGAUCACCAUAUAUAUAUAUUAUAUUAUGCGUGAAUGUAUGAAUGUAUGUAUGCUUUGCAUGAAUAGGUUGUUUCAUAUGACUCGAUUAGAUUAAGUUCACUAAAUAAUCGAACCAACAUAGAAACAACUAGGUCCAAAGUAAUAUUGAGUUUAAAAAUUGCCUUCCAAAUCAAGCACUUACAAAAAUCUAAGGAUCUAAGGUAGUAGGUUUACGCUAAAGCGAGGUGCUAUUUUAGUUGACUUAGGUGGUAAGGCGUCCUAAAGGAGCACGUUGAUUGUGGUUUCAACUCAAACAACAAUGGAAUUAUGUUGUGGCAAUGGGAUAAAUUAUGGUAUUAAUUUAUUAACCAAGAGUAAUUUGGAGAUUACUAGCAAUAGGUUUUGCUUACCUAAAAUAUUAAACUACUUAAGACAUGCUAAAGCUGCUUAAGGAUUUAGGACUUUUGGGGUCUUGGAAUCGUUUCAUUCAUUUUGGACCAUAUUUUUUGCUUUUGCAUGAAUGAAAUGUUUUAAUAGCUUUAAUGAUUGCAUGCUUGCUUUUAUUUCAAAGUUAUUGAAGUUUAUUAAUGGUUAUUUAUUGCAAAUUCUUUUCGGUUGUAGUAAUCAAAAUGGUCGCAAACAUAAUAACAAUCAUAUCAGCUGAAAUUCUGGAUGUCGAGUUAGACUUGACUAAUUUUCUUGAAUGGAAAGGGAAACUUGUCGAAGUUUUGAAAGUUAAUGGCAUACACUAUGUCAUUGAACAACCUUUUCCUAGCUAUGAUGCGCGAGGCAUGACUCCUGAAAAGUACAGAAGUUGGGCACUUCACAAGUACCUUGUCACGGUGUUCAUCCUUAAGUCUAUUCCUGAGAGUUGGAGAGGGAGGUUCAUUACUUUUGAGCCUCAUGCUCUCCUAAGUCGCCUCGAGGAUAGAUGUUGUGCGGGUUUUCAACCCAUGUGCCAAACUGGUGGCAAAAGGGUUGAUGAAUUGGCUAAUUCAAUGAGCAAUCUCAAGCUCAUCACCCCGCACAAAUCGUGCCUAGAAAUCGAACUUCUAGAGGCACAAAGGCGCAUUUACUCUGUCAAGAUGGACAAAAACACAUCAAUUCGGUCUCAUGUGGAUAUGAUGUCUGGAUUAUUUUUCACAAUCGAGAGACUUGGUGGUUCCAUCAAAGAGUCGAUAGCUAUUGCGCUAGUGCUAAAUUCUCUUCAUAAGGAUUAUGAGGGUUUCAAGAUGCACUAUCUCUUUAAUCAGAAAGAGAGCACAUUCUGUGAACUUGUGGAAUUACUCGUAAAAUUCGAGAAAAUCCUUAAGUUCAAUCAAGACCCUUUGAAUGUGAGGUGCACUAAAUUCAAGAAAGUAGGCAAGGGGAAGAAAAGCAAGGCUGCAUCUUCGUCCACUCCCGGAGGGCAUCUAGCGCCUUCCAAGAGCAAGAUGAAGAAAAAUGCUUCUCCUUCCACAUCGCAAUGCUUCAAUUGUAAUGAAAUUGGUCAUUACAAGCGAGAUUGCCCCAAACUAAAGGAAGAGAAGAAGGAAGGAAACGUUGCUUCUCCUUCAGGGACUAAGGAGAAGUAGAAAGCUUGAUAAAGGCGAGAUGGAUCUACGCAUGGGAAAUGGAGCACGGAUUGCUGCAUUAGCCGUAGGAUCUUAUUUUAUUUCUUUGCCUAGUGGGUUUGUUUUGGAACUAGAAAACUUUUACUAUGUUCCUAGUAUCACCAGAAACAUCAUUUCUGUUUCAAGUUUGGAUUCUAAAGGUUUUAGUUUUCAAUUUAAAGACAAUAGUUGUUCUUUUUCUUUGAAUGGAAUGUUU